UCCUUUAACCUACUACACAGUCACGUGUUCAACCGGGAGAUUUAAAUUUUCGCUUCUCCCGUUUUCUUUAAUAAUAUUUACAAAUAUUCGCGAUGGCUGUUAACAUGCCAUCGUCACCUUCUUCAUCGACGAAGAAGACGUCACUGGAAAAACUGUUGGACUCAUUGGAAAGCAAUGUCGAUGUCAUAUGUGAUGAAAGUUCAUUUAAGAAACCAAGAGGGAAGCUGAAAACCUGCAUUGUUAAUGUGAAAGUCUGUGCACGAGCUGUAGGUUUAUCACAUGAAGAUAUUCUGGGACUGGUUAAUGUUGCUGCAAGUCUACGAUAUGGAAUUCGAAUUAGUUGUGAUCUCAUUCAGUGUUGUAUCCCACAAACAACUUUCCCACAAAGAGCUGCCAUCAGACUUCUAUCAUGUAUAAAUCAUCACACUAUUUCAGAAAAAGCCAAUACAUCAUUCACGAAAUUAGUAUUUCACUGGAUUGUACUUGUCAUGCCAUACAUGGAUGCCUAUGAUAAGCUUCAUGCAGUGUACAAUGUGUUCUUUUAUCUUCUCAGAAAUUAUGAUAUUCUCCCAGAAAUCUGUUACAUUUUGAGUGAGCUGACUUUAUAUCCUGAUGUUACAUUAUUCCGAAUAAAUGAACUGAUUUUGUUGUGGAAGAAAACGGGGAAUGUCCCUUCAUUAAUUGGUUUACUAACGAAAUAUAAGAUGCUGCAGCCUGAUAAAUUAGGGCUGUCACUUCCAAAAUAUCAACGCUUUUAUAGAUCACCAAAUUCAAAAAUGCAAAAGAUUAUCCAAGCUGUUCAGCUACGAAGGGGACUGGAAUUAAAAGCUUUAGCACAGAAAUCUGUUAAUAGUCCAGUUCGAAAGAAAGCCAAACUGAGUAAAUUAAUUCCUCAGGUUCAAUCUUCAGUAAAUGAUUAUGUACCAACUUCUGAUAUUGUGAGGCCGGACCACUUUCCUGAAACUGUUUCAUUCAACAGGAUACUCACAUUUGAAGACCUUCUUCAGUAUAUCGAUCAAAUUCAACUCCCAAUUCAAAUGGGUUCUGUGAUUGAUAAUCCGUUGCUUCAGUACCUGAUCACAUACAACAAAAACCGACACAUAACAGGCCAGUUUAAUUGGUGGCUCUACCACACUUGUUACGAUGCUCUUCUAGAAAACAGUGUACCAUAUUCUGAUUAUCUGGAAGAGUUUCUGUCAAAGUUAGCAGGCUUCAUGCGUCGUGUUAAGGAAGGCACCCCAGCUAUUGAAUAUUUUCUGUACCAGUUCCUUGAUACCUGGGAUGGAUUUCAUUUUAAUCAGUCCAUUUUUAAAUUGAUUCCACACAUCCGAAUACACAAGUUUUCAGAACUCCAUCAGAUUCUGUUAGAACCCCUGAAGAAAAUAUUUUUCCGACGUGGAACUUAUUUAAAGUGCCGGAUUCUAAUAACAUUGACAGAACUAGUCACCAAUUAUAUAAAUAAAUGGCACCAUCUUCAUUUGUUAAGGAAAUCAAAGACCACCAAGAGUGCUAUUGCAGUGGAAUAUGAGUAUCUAUUCCUUCUUUCUUUCUUUCUUUCUUUUUUUUUUUGUUCUCUGUUAUCGGUGUUGAAUGCUUUAUUGUUAAACAUUUUUAUGCAUUUGUGUGUGAAUGAGUUAGUGGAGGAUUGAGGGGAAAGACCCUACUGUCUUAGAAAAGAAACGGAAGGAAGGACAUGUUGAGUGAUGUAAUCCUAGGUAAACUGUGUC